AUGGUUUUCUCGCCGACCCUCCUCCUCCUCCCCGCAGGAGUCCUCACUUCCUCUUCAUCUCUUUUUCCGAGGCCCAGGAGCGGAGUAGCCACUCUCGACGUGGCUUCUGGUGCUUCGUCUCUUCUUUGGAUGGCCAAUGCCGGGGCGGGUGGUCGAUCGCGGAGGCAUCAGAUGGCGGCCGCCGCCGCUGCUGCUUCCUGUUUUCUCGAGGUUGAGGUGGGGGAGGACUUCCCGGACGGUUAUUCGUCGUGGUACCCGAACAAGGACCCUGCGGAGAGCCGGCGGGCGGGGGUGCUGCUCCAUCCAACCUCACUUCAGGGUCCGCACGGGAUCGGGGACCUCGGGGACGAGGCGAUUCGAUUUCUGGAUUGGCUUCACAGCGCUGGUUGUACCAUUUGGCAGGUUUUUUUCACUCUUUAUCUUGUCUUCUGUUCAUCGUCGACAUUUACUAUUGUUCUCUCCUGUCGUCAUACGUAAGAUGUUAUGGUAACUUUGGACACGUAAUUUGCGCGUUUCCUCUUCCUGCAUCCAAAAAUUUUGUCUCUAAUCCAAGUCCUAUUAAAUUCAUUUACUAAUGGAUCUCCAUUUCAUCACGGCAGGUUCUUCCGCUCGUUCCUCCUGGGAGGAAGUCGAAUGAAGAUGGUUCGCCGUAUGCAGGCCAGGUAAACAGGGUGUUCAAAAUUUUAUAGCCAUAUAUUAUACUCCGGUCGUUCCUCAUUACACUAAGGUCAGAUACAUGGCCACUGGCAUCAGCGACUUGUGGCUGAUAAUCAUUGAGCCUAUGACAUUAAAAAUGAUUCAUUUUCUGGCAACAGGGCAUGAAAACCAUUCGUGCAUUUUUAUAAACACAAAAUGCAGCAGGAGAAUUAGGAGCCCCUCAUUUCUUUCAGUUGCCCGUCCUGUCGUCGCAUUCGACCCCUGACGUUCUGUUUCCCUGCUUUUUGACACAUGGAAUACUUGAUCUCAUUGAACUUUUUUAUUUUGUCAGGUCCUCGAUCAAUUUUCAUAUGAUAUGUUGGUUUCUAAUGCGUUCAAUAUCCAUGCGAAGAAACCACGUCAACUCUUUUUUUUUUUACCUUUCUCUCGUCAAUUAGGACUGAAGUUUGACCUUAGGGCCGAGAAUAAGAUAGUUAUUAAAGUUGACUUGAUUAUUUCAUGCAGGAUGCAAAUUGUGGAAACUCCCUAUUGAUUUCUCUGGAGGAGCUCGUAAAGGAUGGCUUGUUAUUGAAGAACGAGCUUCCAGAGCCGAUGUAAGAUUCUACAGGCACUUAAUUUCAAUUGAAAAAAUUGAAGAAUAAUUCAAAGCUUAUGAUUCAUUAUUUUCUCCCCUCAUAAUAUAAUGUUACUACGGCUUUCUAGGGAUCCAGAGUAUGUUAACUUUGCGGCAGUUGCGGAGGUUAAAGACCCUUUGAUAGCUAAGGUGUGUGAAUGAAAGUUUCUAGAUGCUUAUGAUUGAUUAUAUUCCCAUUUUUUUCUGGUAGAAUCGUUCUCCAGUGCCUACCUGCUUAGGCAAUCAACACAUUCUGUGGUCAUAUAUGAGACACUUCAGAUUCGAGUAAAGUGUUUGUUGUUAAUUUAAACACUUUUGGUUCUUAUUCUCUUUUGUUAUCUCGUAGUAGAUUUAUGUAAAAGCGAGUUUCAUUUUUGGUAGUGGAGAUGGGAAGGCCUCAUGCCAUCAGGACACUAGUAACUUAGGUAUCUAUACAGCUCAUCAUUGGAUAUCUGGGUGGACUGCAAGCUAUGCGCACUAAGUGGAGCGUUUUAAUGGUUUGGUAUCUAUGUAAUGAUAAAUAAAAAAUAAAAAAUCAUUCUUUUGUGAGUUGUAGAUCCUUCAAUGCAUAAUACUGUCGAUCAACGUUUGUGGCAGGUGAACCUCCUCCUCCCCUCUUAUUGGACAUAACCUUUGUCGUGUUGAUGCAGUCAACUUAUGGAGUUUUCAUUCCUUUUAUUUUUCUCUCGGCUAAUUUACUGUCCACUAAUUGGUUAUCCGUUAGCAAAGUGUUUUUGGUGUUCAUUGUAGUUCAGUUAGUAGAUGCAACUUUUUAUCUCCAUUCAAUGAAAACUUUUAGAAAAAUGAUACGAUUAUUAUCAAGAACCUUGACACAACCUAGAAUAUUCCUGGAUAUCAAGUUACUGCUUUUAAUUUAAUACUAUUCUGUGUAGUUGGGAAAAAAUACUCCUUCUUAAAUAUUCAAUGUGUCUCUGGGAUUUAGAUUUUUUAUUUUGGUAUUAUAUAGUCGCACAGAUACAUUUUCUAUUGCUAAUCCAUGGUCAGGCCGCAGAGAGGCUCCUUUCAAGUGAAGGACGACUGAAAACACAGUUUGAGGAGUUCCGUAGGGAUCCUGAAACUAGAGGUGGGUUCUCUUUUACUUGUUUUGGUGCUUUUCUCUGACGGUCUAUUUUGGUUUAUGAAAAGAAAUUAAGCAAUAUUCCAUUAUCAUUGGAUGCCUAUGUCAAAAAACAAUAUAAAAAAGGCUCCGACAUAGGUUCUUGGCCAUAAAUGUUAUUUACUGUGAUAUCGUUUUGGAUUUCUUUGCAAGAGGGGCUGAGCUGGGCUAGUAACUAUCCAGAGCAAAAUACUCCGCCGUCAAAGCUGAUAGUGCCUUGAAUGGUUCCUUUUUUAUUAUAUGCACUGCCUUUAGGACUACAAGAGGCUUACCACAAGUAGAUUCUCUGAGCUGCCAUUCAAAAUGGCUGACUACUACUUUCUGAUCAAGAUUGGCCAUGAUAAUUCAAUUAUGCAAAACCGUGCUCCGGAUGAUUGAAUUAGAUUUCGAGUGUGGCUUAUCUCCUUCUCUUACUAUUUACUAUUGGAUUUUAUUUUAAGCUAGUUCAGACAUAAAUGCCAUUUGACUAUGCUAUUAUUAGAAUUCCAACGUUUGUUCAUCAUCUUGAGUGGACUAUUAAGUACGCUAGUUUUGUGGUGUGUCUACUUCAAUACAUUUGUUGUUUAUCAAGAAAAAUAUGUGUUACCACAGCAGUCCUAAUAAAGAUCUCAAUGAUGCUUCUUAAUUUUGGCCUCUCAGGACGAGAACAGCAAUUCUGUGGCAUCUAUGCUCCAGUGCUCAUUCUUUUUAGCAAGAAAAUGUAUAUGAUCACACUGUUUCCGAUUCGUAGGCAUACCAGCAAAACUUGUAGAUAGGCAUCAUUCGGUCUCUUGGAUCCCUAUUGAAUAGAAUCCAAUUCUUACAAUUUCGGAAAAAAAAUUGGGGCGUAAACUUCUCUUCAGUACCGGGCCAAAAAAUAAACUUUGUCACAGUUGUUCUAGUGAGUAAUCUCAUCGAUUUUCUGAACAAGUGUAAAUUUGUUACAUUGGCAGCACUUAAAACAAGAUAUAUUUCUUUAUAAGCUGAUUCAAGCUAUAAAAAAUAAACGAUAUUAUGUUGUUUUUUAUCUCAUUUAUUUUAUUUUUUAUAAUUAUUUUCGUAUUCUUUAUCUAUCUUAAUCCUUUGCAUGUUUCGCUUGUCUAACUUUGCAUUUAAUUUGUGGGUAACAGUUAACAACUGUGUGCCGUCCUUUCAGGUUGGCUUGAGGAUGCUGCUCUUUUUGCAGCAAUCGACAACAGUCUUGACAAAUUUUCUUGGAAUGAGUGGCCUGAACCCUUAAAAAAUCGUCAUCUUGCUGCCCUGGAAGAGGUUCAUCAGAACCACAAGGAUUUUGUAUGUGCUGUUGGAGUCACAUGGAUCUCUGCCAAGAAAAAAUCAUUAGUUCUCGAUAUUUCUCAUGGUUUCGCCUAUUUUUCAUGUUUUGUGAUGCAGAUAAAUAUAUUCGUUGCUCAGCAGUUCUUAUUUCAGAAACAGUGGCAGAGAAUUCGUGACCAUGCAAAGGAAAAAGGAAUUCGGAUUAUGGGCGAUAUGCCCAUUUAUGUGGGUCACCACAGUGCUGAUGUUUGGGCCAAUAAAAAAUCAUUUCAACUGGUGAUCUUACCAUAGACUACAUGGCCAUUUUUUCCUAGUGCUAAUGGGAGGAGUACUGGCACUCAGUGAGUGAUUUUUUUCCCAUCUGCAGGACAGGAGCGGUUUCCCUACUCUAGUUAGUGGUGUUCCCCCAGAUGCUUUCAGUGAAACAGGUCAAUUGUGGGGCAGGUCAUCAUCCUCUUUUUGAAGAAUGGGUUAUAAUUUACAUUUUUUCUCGAAAAUAUCAUAUUAAGAUUAAUGAUUGAUCAUUUUGUUGACAAGGACUUCACAACCAAAUUUUCACCAAGUCUGAUUCACCUACUAGAAAAUACCUUUGUUUUUAUGCAAAAUCAUAUUAUCCUCUGUUUAUCUAACCGAUUUCAUGAUGUGCUAUGCGGAGAUCAGACCUCUUUUUGGUUCCUCUAAAUAGUUUUGAGACGUCCAUACAGAAUUAGGAACAAGGGAUAUAUGAUUCCCAUCUAAGAUGCUUGGACAUUUUAUAUUGUCUGAAUUCAGGUUCGGUUGCAUACUGAGCUAUAGUUUAUUUCUGUUUCCACCCCAAUAUCCCAUUUUCUGAGAAACCCUAACGCUAAAUCACCAACCAUUCUAAGAACUGCUAUUUGCAAAUGGUUUAGUAUAAUUUAUUUUUUUUAGAUUUCCAUGCACUCAUUACAAAAGUAUGCUGCUCAAUCUCUUUCCUUCAAAUGGAAGCUUUAUCCUUUUUUAAUGUCGACUUUCAUAAAUACUCACCAUUUCAUCAUGAUUCUUGGUUUUGCUUUCAUGAACAUAUUAAUCAUGGAUUAUAUCCUCUUGUCUUUGGGCGAGUGUAGUUGCUGAUGAAAUUAUAAUGACAAAAGCUCUCAAAGAUUCCAAGAGUUGGUAUAUGUGUAAACAUGGAACUUGUUUUCCAUUUGAGGAAUACGGCAAACGAAAGUCACUUUGAACAGGCUUACUUACACUUUAGACUAAAACACGUCCACAACUCUGCUUGUGAUCCCUAGAAAUUCCACGUAAUAUUUCAGAAAUCUUGGAAUUUCUAGCUCGGUUGUUUUUUCACCAGGGCUCAGUCAUGUGAUAAUAUUUCUACUGUUUAUGGAAAUAUAUAUUUUUAUUUAUAUUUCGUAUUUUAGCCAUUUAUGAUUUCCUUUUGGCUGUCAGUCCUCUCUACGAUUGGAAGGCUAUGGAGAAGGAUGGAUUUCCUUGGUGGAUAAAAAGAAUAAAACGUGCCCUUAACCUAUACGACGAAUUCCGUAUUGACCAUUUCCGGGGAUUUGCAGGCUACUGGGCUAUUCCAUCAGGUAGAUUUCGUCAAAAGUAUUAAUUUUUUCAUGGUUAUGACCAAAGUUUCAUGCCCAUACAUCGCGCAUUAUUUUCCAUAUUGAUGAAACAGUUCAUUCUAUGCCCUCUGGAUGAGUAACACACUGAUUUCUUGCUGCAGAGGCAAAAGUGGCAAUUGACGGAAGAUGGAAGGUGAGAUCCACAUGAUUCUCCCCAUGUUCUAUGCUUCAUUUCACCCCCCAUGUUAUAUGCUUCUUUGCUUCCACAACCUAGGCUGGACCGAAAAAAGCAUUAUUUGAUGCUAUUUUUGGAGAUGUCGGGAAGCUCAGCUUGAUCGCGGAAGAUCUGGUAAGCUUACUAAGGCCAUUCCUUUUUUAGUAACUUGUUUAUUUUUUCAUCUUUUAGCUUUCGAAAAAAAUUAGUAAGCACACAGCAGACCGUUUAUUUCAGAUAAUUAUUAAUCGCCGUUUGUGUUGACACUCAUAUAGGGUAGGGUCUGUGUUUGACCUAUGCUUGUAUGGUCGCCAUUAUCUGGCAUAGGUUGACUUGGAUGAGGAUUUCUUUCCAGUAAUGUGACUCUGGACCCGCCUCCCAUAGGAGGUCAACGUCGUCCUCCCCUUUAGGAAACAUUCUUAGCAGCGCGAUUCGUGCAUGCAUGCAAAAAAUAAACCAUACGAAUCGACUACUGGCCGUGCAUGGAAGCAUCUCUCGGAGGUUUUUAAAUAAUGUUUUAUUUUUCUAUUUUUCUUUUUCUUUAUAUGCACAUUUCCGCACCAUUAUUUUGGGAAUUAAAUAGUUAAUUUAUGGCAUCUGAUACUGGAAAAGGGGAAAUGCCAUCUGCCAUUAUUGCUGAUAGUAUGCUAAAUAAGCAUCCAAAUGGCUCGUUUUCAAACAGGGUGUAAUAACCGAGGAUGUCGUCCAGUUGAGGAAAUCCAUUGGAGCUCCCGGAAUGGCUGUUCUUCAAUUCGGUAACUAACUGAGAAGAACCCAGAGAACGAGCCGCUCAUCAUCUACCUAUGAGAACUCAGAAUCCUCUCUGAAAACUUCCUCCUCUGUUGUGUCCCAGCAUUUGGGGGCGGCCCAGAUAACCCUCAUUUGCCUCAUAAUCACGAGCCCAAUCAGGUGGUCUACACCGGGACCCACGACAAUGACACGGUAAGAUGAAGCUUAGAUCUCAUAUGCCUUCCUAUUUAUGGUAAUCAUUCGCCGAUCUUUUAUCUGGGCAUCACUCAUAAAUUCAUAAAGUCGGGGGCUUUUGCUGUCUGUCAUCUUGCAGGCUCUUGGUUGGUGGGAAAACAUGAGCGACGGGCGAGAGAAAUCUCGGGUGGGUUCCAAUAUUUUGGCGCGUCGUUCACUAAUUGCUUGGGGAGUGGGGGUUAUUCCGCGUGUGGUGAUUGUGAUGGGGUGGAUUUUGCUGGAUGAAUUUUGCUCUGUGAAGGUACUGAAAUAUCUCGGAGCGAGCAAAGAGGAGGACAUCCCUUGGGCGCUGAUCGAGGCGGCUCUGGGGUCUGUGGCUCGCACAGCCAUCGUUCCCCUACAGGACGUCCUCGGGCUGGGGAACUCGGCCCGGAUGAACAUCCCGGCGACCCAAGUGAGCUCAUUUUAUCCCACUUCUGAAUUUCUCUCUACUCCAACCUUCCACCCGACCCUAAACCAGGCAAUACACAGAGAGAGAGAGAGAGAGAGAGAGUAGAGUAGAGACGGAUUACAGUGAGUAGUAGAGUAGAGAGAGGGAGAGAGUAUAGAGUAGAGCAGAUUAGAGAGAGAGAGAGAGAGAGUCACGUGGCAAUGAAGAAGCCGGAUUUUGGUUGGUCCCUGUAUAGAAGCAGCCUGUAUCCGGCGGUGUAUGGGAGUCCGGGCUGGGCCUAUUUCGAUUUCGGGGCCUGGCUUUGUGGCCCAAGUCCGGAAAAUGCCGAGCAUGCCUCUCUCUCUCUCUCUCUAGAGUGAUGACUCCAGGUUUCUUGCCGUGGGGUCAGUGACACCAAUUUCUCUUCUCUCCCUGCAGCUGGGCAACUGGCGAUGGAGGAUUCCGGCCUCGACGAGCUUCGAUUCUCUGGAACCCGAGGCCAAGAGGCUGAGCGACUUGAUUUCGCUCUUCAACCGUCGUCACCACUGA